CAACUUCAACAGUUGAGAGAGAGAGAGGAGAGAGAGUGGCAGUGUUCUGUGGUGAUAUUUCAGCAGCGGCACCACCAUCAACAUCUCCCCCACAAAUCCUUACUUGCCUUUCACUGCUCUGCUUCACCUUCUUCAAAUAGUCCUUCACCAUCACCAACCCACCAAACCCAUUCCUUCACUUCCAAACUUUCUCUCUCUAGAAUCCCACUCUCUCUCUCUCUCUCUCUCUCUCUCUCUCUCUCUAGUUUCUUCAUCUGGGUUCUUCUCAUCCGCCUGCAUUCUCUCAAGAACUGCUGAUGACGACGCCGCCAGAGCUUCUGGAAGUUCAUCCCCGCGAGCUCAAAUUCACAUUUGAAGUGAAGAAGCAGAGUACGUGCUCGAUUCAACUCGGAAACAGGUCCGACCACUAUGUUGCUUUCAAGGUGAAGACCACUUCCCCGAAGAAAUAUUGUGUGCGGCCGAAUGCAGGCAUUGUAAAACCCAAGACAACGUGUGAUUUUACAGUUACUAUGCAAGCUCAGCGUGUUGCUCCACCUGAUUUGCAGUGCAAAGACAAGUUCCUAAUACAGUGCACUGUUAUUCCAUUUGGGACAACUGAACAGGAGAUAACAUCCGAGAUGUUUUCAAAAGGUAGUGGACGAAACAUUGAAGAAAGGAAGCUAAAAGUGUUGCUCAUUAGCCCACCCCCGUCCCCAGUAUUUGUACCAAUUAAUGGGGAGUCGAAGCAAGAUCCAUGCUAUGAAACAUCGGUGAAAAAGGAUAGAGUUCUGACUGAAGUUGAAAACAUACCUCCGAGUCAUAGGGUUGGUGAGGAUGUUGACGUGUUUGAAACUUGUAAGGACAUGGAUGAGUCAAGAGCAGUUAAGGAUGUGGUGGCAUCAAAACCAGCUAAGGAUGCGCAGGAAUUGAAACCAGAUAAGGAUGUGGAGGAAUCAAAACCAGCUAAGUAUAUGGAGGAACUGAAACCAGUGAAAAAUAUGGAGGAACCAAAUCCAACGAAAGAUAUGGAGGAAUCGAAACCAGCCAAGGAUACGGAGGAAUUGAAACCAGCUAGGGGUGCUGCAGUAUUGAAUUUAACAAAGGAUUUUGAGGAACUGAAAUCAAAGCUAAAUACGGUGGAUUCAAAGCUAAAAGAGGCUGAACUCACCGUCACGAAGUUAACUGAAGAGAGUAGCAGGUCCACUCGAGAGAAGAAUAUGCUUAAACAUGAAUUGGAGUCAUUGAGGAGGAGGAAGAACAAUUUAAAAAGGGUUACGGUUGGCUUCCCUCUCUUUCAUGUUUGUAUGGUUGCCCUUAUCAGUCUAGCAUUCGGAUACUACAUCCAUCCGUAGAGAAAAUUUUCUGUGCCAAAUAUUAGACAGUAAAACAAAGUUGUUUCUCCUUCCGUGACUGAGUUAGAAGGAUCCGCGUGCAUGUUUCUGACGCCAUAGGUGUUCUUCAAUGUGAUGUGUAAUAUAUGGAUCCAUCUGAAUUCUCCAUGUAAGAACUCCUCCUAAAUAAUGUUUUGUUUUGUAAAAAAUAUCUUUCUGUGGA